AUGCCCAACACUGACUCCUCCCUCUCCUCCUCCACCCUGCCCACCUCCAUGAACUCCACCACCGGUGCCCUGGUGACCGCCGUCAUGCCCGCCGCUGCGUUACCCGCUGUCAACAUCGCGAGUGUCCGCACCCAUGUCCCAGUGACACUGGACCUCCACGCCUCCAACUUCACCAAGUGGAGGAUGCUCAUCCGUGUGCUUCUCGGCAAGUACGAUCUGCUCUCCCACAUCAACACCGCCACUGCUGAGGCGGACCGCACCACCGACUGGGUUCGCAAGGACUAUAUUGUCCGCUCGUGGCUCUAUGGUUCGAUCUCGGACGAGAUCCUCGACAUAAUCAUGGCGGAGGAUCAGACGGCGCAAGAAGCUUGGACACUCAUCACCAACCUGUUUCUGGACAAUCAGAUGACCCGCGCCGUUUAUCUUGAAGCGGAGUUCCGCGGCCUCGUCCAGGGCGAGCUCUCCGUCACCGCCUACUGCCACCGUUUGAAGGCGCUCUCCGAUGCCCUCGGCGAUGUUGGCACCCCCAUCUCCGACCAGACACUGGUGCUCAAUUGCCUUCGUGGUCUCAAUCCGCGGUUUUCGGACAUCACGACGAUAGUCACCAUGCAGAACCCCCUUCCCUCGUUCAGCCAGACGAGAUCGCUGCUGACCCUCCGUGAAACCCAGCUCGCGAAUUCCGCCGCGAUUGGGCACGAGACGACACUCUAUGGAGGUGCGCCUCCCCGUGGCGCCGGCGGCUCCACUUCCUCUGGACACCACCGUGGCGACGACGCUCGACACGGCAGCGACGGCCCUCGUUACGGGAACGCCUCCGGGGGUGGCUCCUCCGGCGGAAAACGCAAUAGCGGCAACUGGAAGAAGAAGAAAGGCUCCGGCGGCGGGAACGGCGGGGGUGGCUGCCCUAACUCCCACGACGGGCACUUCCAACAGGGGGCGCCCUCGUCUGUUGGUCCCUGGGUCUGCUUCAAUCCCUAUACGGGGCAGGCCUAG